AUGCCUCGUUCCGGUGGCCUUUUGGACUCCCAAAUUACUCUCAACGUUGAGAGAUUCUUCUUUGGGAAACACGAGUCGCUUUAUCCAGGUACACACUUGACAGAAAAGACAACGGACAUCCGAGGCGUAGUAUCGGAUGGCUUUCAGUACCUCAAGUCCCUCAGCCACGUAAAUGUCUGUAGCUACGUAGAUAUGCUACGUUCUGACGACAAUAAUUAUGUGUUUCUAUCGGAAGGCUACUCCCUAACGUUAGGUGAUGUUUUAGAGAGGAUUGAAAAGUCAAAAUGGAGCAAAAGUGAUGUGUACGGGUCUAUAGAACUCGUUGGAAUCAUAAAUCAGAUUAUUUCAGGUGUACAGUACUUACAUAGUUCUGGUAUAGCCCAUGGAGCGCUAACUUUGGAGAAUAUCCUAGUCACCCCUGAUGGCUACGUGAAGAUUUGGGGAUAUGCUAAACCAUAUCUUAGUGGUCUUAUCUCACGAUUCUUGCGCAAAUGUAACGAUUCUGAGCCUAUGGAUGUUGGCAUUGAUGAGUUAUCUAGUCUCCAGCUCUUUUAUACACCUCCUGAGGUCAUUCUUGACUGUAAGCUGGAAGCCAAUUUUAAGGUUGAUGUGUGGUCACUUGGCAUUUGUAUACUCACCAUUUUGUCUCAUUUUCUUCAUGUUACUGCAAGCAUACCGGUUACUGGACAUAGGGAUGUUGCAGAAAUUAGCAAAGAGAAAGCAACUGAUCUCAAGAAUGCAUUCGUUGUUUUAUCUUCUCUCCUCUACGUCUUUGGUUCGGAGUAUUCAGACGAGUUCAAAGGCAAUGUAUCUGCUAUCGGUCUUAAUAUCGCAAAAAUGGUGAAGAAUACCUUUCCUACGCCAAAUGAUGAACAAAGUGCGCUUGAAACCAUCUGCAGGGCAAGCUCAGAACAUGUGGAUUCUGUAAUGAAUUAUCUUGUAAAUCUCAUAGAUUGGAUUACCGGUAAAAGGAUUUUUGACAUACUUGAUCUGGAGCCUGGGAAUGGCUCCUCCAAUUAUAGCAAGGAGUUGUAUAUCCUCGGAAUAUGCUACGAUUGUCUGAUCAUUGAUCCAUCCGAGAGACCCUCUUCACUUGAUAUCGCACUCCGGUAUGAUAUUAUAAAGCAUAAAAUACCACAUUGUACCAAAUCUUUUCCACGGUUUGCUUGGUCUAUUUCCGAUAAAUACACGGACUUCAUUUCUGAUUGUUCUAAUCAUGAAAUGUGCAGAAGAAAGUAUGUAACGUGUCCAAACACUAGCGAAUACCUGAAUUUAGAUGUUGGAAUGGAUGAUAUAUUUUACUACUGGAAGUUAAUUGGUAAUGAUCCGCUAAAUCUCGUGCAAUCUUUGCAAAUGCCCCCUUUAUCAUGUCUUGUAGAUGAAAAUGGAGCUAUACAAGAGGGACCAUUUUUUAAACUUGAAGCUGCAAGAAAAGAAUAUACUCUUGAUAGAUUUGGUCUUGGCGAAUUAUUUACGCACAUUAAAGUUGCGAGUCUCUUUCCCAUGGUUCUGGAGCACCAACUGCGGCCGUCCUGCGGAUAUGCUAGACAGCAUUCAUUUAUAUAUCAAUGGUUCAGAAUCUAUCGCUUCAGAAAGCUCUUGGAUUCAUUUAAUAAGGAAAAAAUCAUAGCUGAGGCAAAAAUUGACAUUCCUCCCCUACUUCGGAAGUUUAUAUGGUGUGCAAUAUUGGACAUUGAGUACAAGAAUGAACCAUGUGUUGCAGUAGCAAAAUCUCGUUUGGUAUCAGAAAUUGAAAAGGUUGCUGUUUUUUACAGCAAUGAUAUUUUACGCUCCAAAAAGAGUCUAUCAGAAAUUGCAUCAGCUAUUGAAUAUAUAGAGAAUAAAUAUGCAAAACUUACCAGUUGUUUUUACUCAUUCUGCAUUCCAUUAUUCCUACUAUAUCAUGAUGCAACGACUGUAUUCAGAGAAAUCCUAGAAACUAUAUUUUGCAAAUAUCUAAAGGACUUUUACGUUCCAUCUGGGUCAUUUGUAAGUACUUUUUUGGCUGAAUUCACAACCCUGUUGAACUUUUUUGAUCCAAAGGUUGCAUCACACCUCAGAAGUAUAGGCGCUUAUGCAGAUUCGUAUGCUCUACCGUGGUUCAUGACACUAUUUGCAGAAAAUCUGUCUGUUCAUCAGCUUUAUAUUAUUAUGGAUGCUGUUGUAUUACGACCUAGAUCAUUCGUAAAAUAUUUAGCGGUAGCAACCGUACACUGCAUGAGAGAAAAUGUGCUCGGAUUGGCGAGUUCCCACGCAUUUACUUCAUUCAUAUCAUGCGCAAUGGAGACUAUAAACAUGCCAAUGUUGGUAAAUUUGGCGAUAAGUUUAUAUAACCGAUGGAAUGAAAUUCUUACGCUGGGUAAGGAUGAGGCUUCUUCCCAAAGCCUGGAUAGGGGUACUUUCACAUUUAUCAUGGAAGAAUUUCCAUUUGAACGAUGUUUUAGACUUCCACUUGAUGCUUUCAGCUCAGUUCUUAACAACUGUAUUCUAGUAGAUUUGAGACCUCUCGAAUCUUACAAUUUUGGAUCGAUACCAAAUUCCAUACACGUUGAUGUUUUAUUGAACAUACUAUCAGAUUCAGUAUCAACUGGGAACAAGUUCACCGGUAAACAUGCAAAUGCUAAACUUAACGCCGCUAUAAAGGAACUCCAGGAUAAGACAAAUUUGCUAUGGUUGCACAAAAGUUCAAGCUUUAUCAUUAUUGCAGCAGGAGAUGGAUAUGAUCUUGAAGAAGAAAUGCUCUAUAUCCAACGUUUAACCUUUGAAUUCAACAUUAGACACCUAUGCUACUAUAGAAUAAAUGCAGAUGAGUGGCCAAGAGUGCUCACGCUGGCCAAAAUUUGACUGUCACUACACACUCGU